AUGGGGAAACGAUCAAAAAAGCUGAAAGCAUCCUCGGACGACGGUACACGUCGAAUAGGAGACAUAUUCCUGGCGCGGCCUAAAACCAAAAUGGCGGCAGCGCCAGACUCUCCAGGCCUAUCCUCGGACGAAGACCCACUGGACUCCCCAGAUGCCAUACCUGAGGCAGAUGACCCUUUCUCCGCCGUGCAACUAGGGGACCUGGGGGCUCCCGCAACUAAGGGAGACAUCCUGGGCCUCCUGAAACACCUGCGCACAUGGUUCCGCACGGAUAUGGCGCUACUCCGCGAGGAGGUAACGGCCGUAACGGACAGGGUGAAGGCCACAGAGGAGGACAUCACCUCCAUGGCACAACGCCAGUCAGACGCAACAGAACGACUACAACAACUCCACGGCUCACACCAGGCCCUGCAGGCCAGAGUCGAUGCGAUGGACGACUCCAGGAGACGAAUCAACAUAAAAGUAAGAGGCAUCACGGAAAAUGUCAACGACACAGAGCUACCCCACUUUAUUAGGCGCCUCCUGUCGGAAAUCCUGCACCCCAAACAGGCAAAGAACCUGCAACUAGAUGGAAUACUCAGACUCCCCAAGUCACCAAGGGCUCCGGCGGACGCUCCCCGUGAUGUCCUCCUGAGGUUCCAGUCCCUACGCGACAAACAAGCAAUGAUGGACGCCAUCAAGAACAAGAGCCCACUCAAAUUUGAGGGCUCACAACUAACCUUUCUCCAGGAUCUCUGCAGGGCAACAUUGGAGUGGAGACGUUCUCUCAGCCAGGUCACCAAGACCCUCCGAGAAGCAGGCGUCCAGUACAGAUGGGGCCCUUCCCACACACUCGUGGCCAUACAGGGCGAGACCACCCGCCGACUCACCUCAGCUGCUGACUCCGACCCAUUCCUCCACAGCCUGGGGCUCAACCAGCACAAGCCCAACACGGCCAAACCUGGACAUUCCUGGGACAUACCCAACAUAGUCCCCUUCGUACCUCGAAACGAAGCCGACACAAGAUGAGAAGCCCCAACGGGACCCGGGCUCAACAUACCCCUCAAGUAGAGGGAAGUGCCGAAGGACUGGCAGGCGAUCACAAAUUUUAA